CCCACUCCUCUCUGGAAGCGAGAAUGGCAGGGCCGGGCGAGGGCCCGGGACAGCGGUGGCCCUAGCUCCGCACCCCCGCCCCUCCCUCUGGGAGAGGCAGCGGGCUACUCGCGGACCAUGUGGCCGCGGCUGCUCCCCAGCGCAUCUUGCGUCCGGGUCCCCGCUACCGCCCCUCUGGUCCGCCGGAUCCAUCCCAUCGAGCGGAGUGGAUGCUGCUGUCACCGCCGCCGCCGAAGCCGCGGCUGAUGGAUGCCGGGGAGUGCCGCAUUGCCUAGCGUCCCCGCCUCCGGGUUUGCUGACGCUCUUUCCCCGCCUGGAGCCCAGCACUGAAGAGCCACCUUCUUAUUAACCAGAAGCCCCAUCGUUGUCCCUGGCUGGAGCAUCCUUGUGUAGGGGCCGCAGAAACAUCCAAGUGCCGGGGCUGAGAUGCGCGUGGGGGUUGUUUUUGUUACAUCUUGGGAGAGACGAGGACAGUACCAAGAUCAGCGCCACCCGUGCCGGGUGCGAUUAGGGGUGUUUUGCUAGCGGAGGGAAAGGACAGGCAGAGGCGCCCUGGGACGGCCAGAGGUCCACAUCUCCUUAAAGGAAAGGGAGGAGGGAACCAAAGUGGGGGCAUUUUCUUAAGGCAGUGGGGAAAGAAGUUUAUAUCCUUCGUAGGAAAGCUGUGGGAAAGCGGGAGCAACAGGGUACUUGAUUGGCCACCAAGACAAAUCAUUUCCUGUAAAGAAGAGGAAGCAGGCAGCUUCGAGGUUUGGAGGCCAGAGUGUGGUGGUGGCAAGGGCCAGGUUGUUGUGGGACAGUUAACAAGAAGAGGGAAGGCUAGGUUCAGACAAAACAAUGACUCAUUUACAAGCUGGGCUGUCUCCUGAGACCCUGGAGAAGGCUCGCCUGGAGCUCAAUGAGAACCCAGACACACUGCACCAGGACAUCCAGGAGGUGAGGGAUAUGGUCAUCACCAGGCCGGACAUUGGGUUUCUGCGCACGGAUGAUGCCUUCAUCUUACGCUUCUUGCGAGCCAGGAAGUUUCACCACUUUGAGGCCUUCCGCCUCCUGGCCCAGUACUUUGAAUACCGGCAACAGAACCUGGACAUGUUCAAGAGCUUCAAGGCCACUGACCCUGGCAUCAAGCAGGCACUGAAGGAUGGCUUCCCUGGGGGCCUGGCCAAUCUGGACCACUAUGGCAGGAAGAUUCUAGUCCUUUUUGCUGCCAACUGGGAUCAGAGCAGGUACACACUGGUGGAUAUUUUACGGGCCAUCUUGCUGUCUUUGGAAGCCAUGAUUGAAGAUCCUGAGCUUCAAGUGAAUGGAUUUGUUCUGAUCAUAGACUGGAGUAACUUCACCUUCAAGCAAGCCUCUAAACUUACACCCAGCAUGCUGCGAUUGGCUAUCGAAGGCCUUCAGGACAGUUUUCCUGCACGAUUCGGAGGAAUUCAUUUUGUCAACCAACCGUGGUAUAUCCAUGCCCUGUACACUGUAAUCCGGCCUUUCCUUAAGGAGAAGACUCGGAAAAGGAUAUUUUUGCAUGGUAACAACCUGAAUAGUCUACACCAACUAAUUCAUCCUGAGAUCCUGCCCUCUGAGUUUGGAGGAAUGCUGCCUCCUUAUGACAUGGGGACGUGGGCAAGAACAUUGCUGGACCACGAGUAUGACGAUGACAGUGAAUACAACGUGGACUCCUACAGCAUGCCCGUGAAAGACGUGGAAAAGGAACUCUCUCCCAAGUCCAUGAAGAGAUCCCAAUCAGUAGUGGAUCCCACAAUACUAAAACGCAUGGAUAAAAAUGAAGAAGAAAAUAUGCAACCUUUGCUUUCUCUGGACUGAUACCUUCUCUACACUCCCCAGGGAUUAGAAAUGAAAGGUACUUGUCUUCAGCAGCAGGGACAGCACUGUGGAGGAAUUACCAGCUGGAAACUUAUUUAUUCUGUUAAUGUAGCAUAAUAUAUUAUAAGGCAUUAGGCUUUCCCAUUUGCCUGAACCAUGGGGGCCUUGGUCUGAAUUAAAAAGUCAAUAAUUUAUUCUGUAAGUGCCAAGUUAUUUGUAAAUACUAUGUAAUCUUUCUGUCAAGUUUGUAAAUUUUGGUAAUAACUAAAAUUGGAAAAGUUUUGGCUCAUAAGUUCAUGCCAGUGAUGUGAACUAUAACAAAAAUAAAAGGAAAUACACAUGAAUUAUCAAAGCUAAUUAAACGUAGCCCUGUUUCCUAUGAAGCCAUAUUUCAGCUCUCAUAGUGUCUGUUUAAUUGUUUUUCUUUGAAACUCUGUCAUAUUAAAAUGUACUUUUAAUGGGCACAAGGAACUAGAUGAUUAUAGGAAACUUACGAUAAAUGUAUUUCUUGUCUAGUGAUUUCAUUGUAUAGAAAAUAUGUUCUAGUGACUAUCACUGGCCUUGCAUUUUGGAGACACAGAAUGGCUGAUAAUCUAGUAAACUGAACACUUGAACUCUUUUGUGUUGUUUAAUUCCUGGGUCUUGUAAAAGGAUAUGUUUCCCAAAUUUAGA